CUCACGCGGUCACACACGCCCGCUCUCCUCCUGCGCAUGCAGAACACCUCUCGGCGUCCCGCUCUACCAGUCAUGGCAGCGCGGCCGCACUACGCCAGGAAACUCCUGCUCGUGGCGCCAGCGGCGAGCCCGUCACCUGCACCCUCGGCGCCCGGCAUUACUACUCCCAUGGCCGAGGCUUGGCCGGCGGCCUCUGCCGACGCCGAGGGCGCGUUCACCUGGCUCAACGACAACGCCGUCCUCGUACUCGCGCUCCUCAUCUGCGGCCUGUUCGCCGCGAUGGCGCUUCAUAUCCUCCUCCAGUGCGCGUUCCGCGUUACGGGGCGCGCGUGGUACGGUGCCAACGCCAGCGCCAGCGCGGCCCCUCGGGACUCGUCGGAGUCGAUGCCGCGCGCGGAAGGGGGCGGCGGGGGCAGGACGCUGGCGCUGGCCCAGGCGCUCCCGUGCCUGGCGUACUCGGCGGGGCUCGAGCUGGCCGGGUCAUCGCUGUCGGAGUGUGCCAUCUGCCUCGCCGAGUUCAUCCGCGGGGAGAAGGUGCGCGUGCUGCCGCGCUGCAACCACGGGUUCCACGCCGCCUGCAUCGACCGGUGGCUGGCGGCGCGGCCGACGUGCCCCACGUGCAGGCAGGCGCCGUUCGCCGAGCCCGAUGAAAGCGUCCUGGCUGCGGACUGUGCACGACCGGCGCCCGCUAUCGCGGUGGUGCGGGUGAUUGUAGACGCUGGCGGGAGGCGGCGUGUGGAGAUUUAGCUCGCAUGACGAAACUAGCGAGCUUGUUAGCGAUGUAGUAAUGCGUUUCAAAUUUGGGGCAGUACGCGCCUGUGAUUGAACCGUGAGUAAGACAGUGGUAUAUCCAGUCCAGCAAGGUUUAAGUUCUGCUGCUCGCAUUAUUUCUGAAUUUAAUUCAGUAUUCUUGGUGAUGCGUUUUCAGUGGGAAAAGAUGU